GUUGCCGGGCGGGAAUCGCCGGGCGGGAGUCGCCAGGCCUCCUUUCUGUGGUGCAGCUUUAGGUCCCGGAGUUUGGCCCCUACUCUGACCCCACUCCAGAUCGGCUCUGCCUUGGGUUCCCGCAGAACCCGCCUUGCGGUAGCAAUGGCAGCAGGCUCCGAGGCGACCAUUCCUAAGAUCCUUGCAGCUGGGGCUGGAGGGGAGGAAGGUGAACAUGUCAAACCUUUUACACCAGAGAAAGCAAAAGAAAUUAUCAUGUCUUUACAACAACCUGCCAUCUUCUGUAACAUGGUGUUUGAUUGGCCAGCACGACACUGGAAUGCUAAAUACCUUUCUGAGGUCCUUCAUGGCAAGCGGAUACGAUUCAGAAUGGGGAUGAAAAGCAUCAGCACAGUUCCUCAAUUUGAAACUACAUGUAGUUAUGUAGAAGCUACUCUUGAAGAGUUUCUGACAUGGAACUGUGACCAGUCUAGUAUCUCUGGACCAUUUAGAGAUUAUGAUCAUUCCAAGUUCUGGGCUUAUGCUGACUAUAAAUAUUUUGUCAGUCUAUUUGAAGAUAAGACAGAUAUUUUCCAGGAUGUGAAAUGGUCUGACUUCGGGUUUCCUGGAAGAAAUGGACAGGAAAGUACAUUGUGGAUUGGCUCCUUGGGAGCCCACACACCCUGUCAUCUGGACUCCUAUGGUUGUAACUUGGUAUUCCAGGUACAAGGAAGGAAACGAUGGCAUCUCUUUCCUCCUGAAGAUACUCCUUUCCUUUAUCCAACUAGAAUCCCUUAUGAAGAAUCUAGUGUGUUCAGUAAAAUCAAUGUUGUCAAUCCUGAUUUAAAGCGUUUUCCUAAGUUCCAGAAAGCUCAAAGACAUAUGGUUACACUGAGCCCAGGACAGGUCCUGGAAAGGAAAUGGGAAGAGGGAACACAGCUCCUCCUAUUGGUAAAGAGGAGAAUGGACUUUGGAGGAAGACAAAAUGUUCAAGUCCUGCUUAUACGGGUUCUGUUUGUUCCCAGACACUGGUGGCAUUAUGUAGAAUCCAUUGAUCCUGUCACUGUCAGUAUAAACUCAUGGAUCGAACUGGAAGAGGAUCACCUAGCCCGGGUAGAAGAAGCAAUCACCCGUAUGCUUGUGUGUGCCCUGAAAACUGCAGAAAAUCCACAAAAUACAAGAGCCUGGUUAAACCCUACUGAGGUUGAGGAAACAUCCCAUGAAGUAAACUGUUGCUACCUAAAUGCAGCUGUUUCUGCAUUUUUUGAUCGUUGCAGAACAUCUAAGGUAGUUGAAAUCCAAGCAGUGAGAACAGAUGGAGACCACAUGAAAAAGGAAUUCAAUGUGUGCGACCACGUGGAGGUGGGCCAAACAGGUAGCCAGAACUUAACCACAGGAAUAGGCAAACCGGAGGCAACAAGUCACUUUGGGCCAGAUCUGGUCCCUGUAGCACAGAGAUCCGAAGAACCACCUUCACAAAGAGGAGGCAUGUUUGAAAGUGAUGGGAAAGACUUUGAUGACAAGGAUGGAGAACACUUUGGAAAACUGCAUUGUGCCAAGAGACAACAAAUAAUGAGCAACAGUGAAAAUGCAGUUGAGGAAGAGAUUGUCUCAAAUACUACUACGGUUCCUUCUCAAACAUUCAUUUCUACGGAUGACUUGCUGGACUGCUUGGUGAAUCCACAAGUAACCAGGAUAGUGGCACAACUUUUGAUACAAAGAAGAAGUUUAUGAUUCUAGUGGAAGAUGACUUUUAAAAUAACAUUUUUUAAAUAUCUAUUUUUAAGUAGUAGGAUCGUAAAAUAAAGAUGAACCAGCAAAAGUUCAGUUUGCGUGUUUGUAAAUGUAUUUAUCCUUACUGAAUUACAUUUCAGUCUAUUGCCACCGCCUUUCAUGCACAUUUCUCUUUGGCCAAACUGGCUGUUCUUUAUUUGUAAGUUUUUUUCCUCCCUCAUGCCAUCCUUUCAGCCUGUCUCAAAUGUAAGUCCCAAGUAUUUCCAGCAGGAAGUAAUCUCUCCAUCAGCCUCAGGGGGCCAGCCUGCUGCUUACUUUUGCAGAUAAAGUUUUACUGGAACA